AUGACCUCCACAUCUGAGAUCGGCGAUGCCACGUCGUCUUCGAACGAAACUUCGCUGUCAGCGAGGUCGAUUGCUGUUCCCGAGUGUGCAAGUACGCGCUGCAACACCCCUAGUGUGACGGCUGGUGCAGCAGUGCAGCCCCUCUCUCGGGUGUCCUCGUUGCAUCAGUGCGGUACCAACAUCUCGUUGCUCUACAAGCUCUCCGCAGAGGACGCUGCGCUCCGCGCCCGCAUUGCUGUCAAUGCCAAGGUUCUUCUUAACGUGCUGACUGGCUACGAGGCGGAUGACAUUAUCGACUUGCUCUACGUUAACGAAGCGUGGUUCUCGACGGAAGUGCUGAUCUACUCCCUGUGUUUGGUGAACCGCCUAACCUUUCGCUAUCCGAGCUGGUGUGCCACACACGCCGAAACAGACUGCGAGGAAAUCAGUGGGAUGGAGCCACACGUGCGCUGCAGCUUCAGUUCCAGCGUGCAGACCUCGCACCUCACGCUUCCGCACGUGUGCAGCAGUACCUCCAGCGAUACUAGCCACGCCGAUAACUACGACGAAGUCCCAAUGGGCGAUUCUCUGUUGCCCUCCAAAGAGCGCGUUCUUAGCGCCAGCACUAACAGUCUCGGCGAUGUGUUUAACCGCCACAACACGCGCCGCCGCAUCGUGGCACUUCUCUUGAUCUCCGGCAAGUUUCACGGCGAUGUUGUCUACAAGACGUCCUCGCUGGCGAACGUGUUGAACAAGUUCCGUGACGAGCAGCGCGCUGUGGCCACCCUUGCUUCUUCCCCAGCUACUGUCUCUGUCAAGUCGGUGCCGAGCCGUCUCCUUCCUCGUAUUACGCCUGACCACCUUGGGCAGUGCGAGAAGCGACUCUUCCAGGAGCUGAGCUACACCAUCUUGGUGAGCAGGGAUGAGUACCAACACUGUGAGGACAUCGUCUUGCAAGGGAUCUGA